GAAGAGCUCUUAGACGAGCGGCACACAGCUGUUGUAGUCGCAAACUAACGACCAAGAACAUGGGACGGAAAGUGACCCUUGCUACCUGCUCGUUGAAUCAGUGGGCUUUGGACUUUGACGGCAACCUGGAGAGAAUACUGAAGAGUAUUGAGAUUGCUAAAGCUCAUGGAGCCAAAUACAGACUGGGCCCAGAGCUGGAGAUAUGCGGUUACGGCUGCGCAGACCACUUCUAUGAAUCAGACACGUUGCUCCACAGCUUUCAGGUCCUGAGGAAGCUUGUAGAGUCUCCUAUCACCCAAGACAUCAUCUGUGACGUGGGGAUGCCCAUCAUGCAUCAUAAUGUGCGCUACAACUGCCGGGUCCUUUUCCUCAACAGCAAGAUACUUCUGAUCAGACCUAAAAUGCUGAUGGCCAACUCCGGGGUCUACAGAGAGAUGCGCUGGUUCUCACCUUGGAAGCAGUCAAGGCAGGUGGAGGAGUAUUUUCUCCCCCGAAUAAUCCAGGAGGUAACAGGGCAGGACACGGUCCCAUUCGGUGACUGUGUGCUGUCCACGAAGGACACCUGCAUUGGCACUGAGAUGUGCGCAGAGCUCUGGAACCCCAACAGCCCCCAUAUUCAGAUGGGUCUGGAUGGGGUUGAAAUCUUUACUAAUUCAUCUGCCAGCCACCACGAGCUCCGCAAAGCUGACCAAAGAGUCAACCUGGUCAAGUCAGCCACCAUCAAGAGUGGCGGCAUCUACCUUUAUGCCAACCUGAGGGGGUGUGAUGGAGACCGUGUCUACUAUGAUGGUUGUGCCAUGGUGGCCAUCAACGGAGACAUCGUGGCACAGGGAGCACAGUUCUCUCUUAAUGAUGUGGAGGUAAUUACAGCCACUCUUGACCUUGAGGAUGUGCGUAGCUACCGAGGGGAAUUGUGCCAGCCAAACAUGGUAAUUGAACCCAAACGUUGCCACAGGGUCAAAGUUGACUUUUCUUUAUCCAGUGGCGACGAUAUCCACCUUCCUACCCACCAACCAAUAACAUGGCACUUCAAUUCACCAGAAGAGGAGAUCAGUCUAGGGCCGGCUUGCUGGCUGUGGGACUAUCUGAGGAGAAGUGAACAGGCUGGUUUCCUGUUGCCUCUGAGUGGAGGUGUCGACAGCUCCUCCACCGCCUGCAUCGUCCACUCGAUGUGCGUGCUGCUCUGCCAAGCUGUAGAGGGCGGCAACAGCCAGGUGCUGGAGGACGUCCGCAGAGUGGUAGGUGAUGACUCCUACCGUCCUGAGCACCCGAGGGAGCUUUGUGGUCACAUCUUCACCACCUGCUACAUGGCCAGCGAAAACUCCUCGGAGGACACAUGCAGCAGGGCCAAAGGCCUGGCCAAUCAGAUCGGCAGCACACACAUGAAUAUUAACAUAGACAUGGCAGUGAAAGGCAUUCUGGGUAUCUUCUCAGUGGUCACUGGACGGUGGCCUCAGUUUCGUGUCAACGGAGGAAGCCACAGAGAAAACCUGGCUCUGCAGAAUGUGCAGGCUCGGGUCAGGAUGGUCCUGGCCUACCUGUUUGCCCAGCUGGGCCUGUGGGCCCGGGGGAAGCCAGGUGGAUUGCUGGUGCUGGGCUCAGCCAAUGUAGAUGAGAGUCUGACAGGAUAUUUCACAAAGUACGACUGCUCCAGUGCCGACAUCAACCCCAUAGGAGGCAUCAGUAAGACGGACCUGAAGAGCUUCCUGCUCUACUGUGUCGAGCAGUUCCAGCUCACCGCUCUGACUGGCAUCCUGUCUGCUCCGCCCACAGCUGAGCUGGAGCCGCUGACAGAUGGGCAGGUGUCGCAAACGGAUGAGGCAGACAUGGGGCUGACCUACUCUGAGUUAUCCGUGAUUGGGCGGCUGAGGAAGAUCUCCAAGUGCGGUCCCUUUAGUAUGUUCUGUAAACUUAUUCACACGUGGAAGGACGCGCUCUCACCCGCAGAGGUGGCCCAGAAGGUGAAGCACUUCUUCCGAAUGUACUCUGUGAACCGCCACAAGAUGACCACGGUGACGCCGUCAUACCACGCCGAGAGCUACAGCCCCGACGACAACCGCUUUGACCUCCGACCUUUCCUCUACAACACACGCUGGACCUGGCAGUUCAGGUGCAUCGACAACCAGAUACCACUGCUGAGGGUUCCGUUGCUGGUUGCUGCUGCUGGAGGUAUGACCUGGCAGGCUGGAGUAAAGGAUGCACCCCCUCGAGCAGAACCUUUAAAUGCACUGAUGGCACCCCAUAACACCCCAAAACAAUAAUAACCUACGGUCAUCAGGGUCCUGAGAAAAUCGGAAUUUGUGUGCCUCUGUCACUGUGUUGGCAAGCACAGGGCAAAGCAGGAGAAAGAAAUUGUGAUUUUCUGGGACUAAAUCAAAUCUUUGUUCUUUCUUUGUGUCACAAAUGUUAUAAGGGCUCUCGUUCCCAGACGUUGCGGAGGAGCAUAUAUAUAUAUAUAUAUAUAUAUAUAUAUAUAUAUAUUGGUGGCUCUUUAAUUCUAAUUUGAAUGUUUCGGGUGUUGCAUUGAAUUUGCCUCUGUAUAAUCACAGAAUUGUAUUUCUAAUAAAUGUUGUAUAACGAUUA